UAAUAAUUUCCAUUAUUUCGUCAUAAUUCAGAAAAUAGCAGCACCAUCCUCCUCCCCUCGCAACUCAUCUCUUAUUAUUACUCACUCUUUUUCUUACUAACUCGCGAACAUCAAUCAUAAAAUUUGUAAUUGCAGGAAAUAUUUUGAAAAGAAAAUACAAAAAUGGAGGUGGGAUUUCUGGGUCUGGGAAUAAUGGGCAAAGCCAUGGCCAUGAAUUUGUUGCGCAAUGGCUUCAAGGUUACUGUUUGGAAUAGGACUCUUUCAAAGUGUAAUGAACUUGUGGAACAUGGAGCUACUGUUGGAGAAACACCUGCAGCUGUGGUCAGGAAGUGCAAGUAUACAAUUGCAAUGUUGUCUGAUCCCUCAGCCGCCAUUUCGGUUGCUUUUGAUAAAGACGGGGUCCUUGAGGAAAUCUGCAAUGGAAAAGGCUAUAUUGAUAUGUCAACUGUUGAUGCAGAUACAUCCGUAAAGAUCAGUGAGGGAGUUACAUCCAAGGGUGGGCGAUUUCUGGAAGGUCCUGUUUCCGGUAGCAAAAAACCUGCAGAAGAUGGUCAAUUGAUUAUCCUAGCUGCUGGUGAGAAGGGGCUAUAUGAUGAGGCAAUUCCAAUUUUUGAUGUGUUGGGGAAGAAUUCUUUCUUCCUGGGGCAGGUCGGAAAUGGAGCUAAAAUGAAGCUAGUGGUCAACAUGAUAAUGGGCAGUAUGAUGAAUGCAUUUUCGGAAGGGCUGGAAUUGACUGAAAGCAGUGGACUGGAUCCUCAAACUCUUCUUGAUGUGCUGGACUUGGGAGCCAUAGCUAAUCCAAUGUUCAAGAUGAAGGGACCUUCAAUGCUUCAAAGUAAAUACCCUCCUGCAUUUCCUUUAAAGCAUCAACAGAAAGAUAUGAGAUUGGCUCUUGCCCUUGGAGAUGACAAUGCUGUUUCAAUGCCAGUAGCUGCUGCGGCAAAUGAGUCAUUCAAAAAGGCUAGAAGCAUGGGGCUUGGAGAUCAGGACUUUUCAGCUGUGCAUGAAGCAAUUAAGGGUCCUAAACAUCCAUAAUUAUGAAGACUUCAAUUGUUGGUUCAGACGCGAGCUUAUUAGAAGAUUAAAAGUUGUAUGUAUGUAUGGUCAAUUGACUACUGCAUACAACUGACUGAUUGUCUGAUAGUUUCUGUUGAUUUCAUGCCGUAAAUUUGAGAAUUAUGUGAUGUUGGGGCUAAAAAAUGCAGGAGUAUCCAAAUUUGGAGUAGAGGGUAAUGAAAAAGAUCAAGAUUUAGUAUCCACAAUAGCACAGUAGGUGUAUCAGUGUAUGUACCAACUGUCUUUUGGAAGAUUAGUUUCGUUUUUCCUAUGUAAACUCAGAAGAUGAAAUAACCAGAGUAAUAAAGUGUUUAUUUUCAAUGGAUGAAAACACCAGAAUGAAUGUUCAUUAUUCUUCA